UUAUUACCGCUGCAUAUGUAAUAAAGAUAAAAGUGUGUGGGUCGGAAUAGUAAAAUUUUCUCAAUAUUUUUUGUUCGAUGUUAUCCGAAAUAGCGUUUAAGUGUCCGUAUAGUUUAUCUUAGCCAUUAAGCCGCUUAAUGUAUGUAGCUUACAGGCAUACCGUCUCUGGUGUAUUCGCCAUCUUUGUAUAUAGUUACAACAUACGGCGGAGUGACUACAUACAUAUCCUUGUAGUCAUACAUUCUGUGAGAUUAUUAUACAGCAAUGGACGUAAAAUGGACAUUCCGUUUGGGGUUUCUGGCAGCCAUAUUUGUCAUAGUGUUUGUGAAUGUAGCAGCCCAGACGACGACGUUGGGGCCUGACUUAGGUCCUCUGGAGCCAACGUUCGUGACUUGCGCGGAGAUGAACUGUCCGCCGAACUCGAAAUGCGUGGAAAUGGACCUAUACACCUACUGUGAAUGUGCAGCGGGGAAAACAGGAGUUAACUGUACGGAGGACGACCCUUGCUUGGAGACUAAAGAGAAUUGUCCCGCGGGCAUGACGUGCUAUGGCCCCUGUAAUCCUAACGUGUUCUGCGAAGGGGCGACGGGGAUCCCACACUGUACCACGUGUAUAGCCGGCUGGAUUGGGAACUCCUGUGACAAGGACGAAGAUGAGUGUACAUUAUACGAAGACAUAUGCAACAAACGCGGAAAAUGUACAAACACUAUUGGCGGAUACAAGUGCGCGUGCGAAGCCGGAUAUACGGGAAACUCGUGCGAAUUGAAGGGCGGGCCCAGUAGCGGGGCUAUCGGACGUUCCAUCACACUACUGACCGUGUGGAUUGCCUCGGUUGUGCCUUUUCUGUUGCUUCGAGUUCGACUUUAGGCUUUGAUAAAACAAACUUGCUGCUUACCUUGAAGCAUUAAAUGCGCGAGAAUAUGAGACGGGGUGGACGGACAUGUACAUGUUUUGGGUUCUUUCUUAUCUCGUUGCACAACGGGAAGGGGUUUCGAAAUGGUAUACAAAUGUACAUCUCUGUUUAAACAAAGCUUAAGUGGCGGAAAUUUCCAACCUGAACUAAGUGGCCACCUGUCUUAAGCAGCCACUUUGACCUUUUCCUCAAGGUGGCCACUUAAUACAGGUUUGCCUGUAGUUAUACAAUGUGUUAUAGUGCUGAACUAUAUCUUCUAUUCCAACUUGCAAUAACUUGUAUUAUAUGGGAACUAACUGCUGCGUAUUAUAGUGUGUGUGUUAACAUAAGUUAAUGCCCGUAUUUUGUAACGGUCUUGGGCGACAUCUUUAAAUGGACCGUCAAAGCAAAAUCUUCGUGUAUGUCUGUUCAUCAUGAAUUGGCAAUAUAAUAUAAAAGUAAAAAAACAUUUGUAAGGCGAGUGGUUGAUUGUAUAUACCAGCGGAAGAGUAGGUCUGGGUCGUAUUACUAUACAUAAAUCUGAGUCGAUUUUUUUCAAAUCAGUGUUGUUUUUUUAAAAAAAUGAAUAUUUUAUUUUCUCCCUAUAUGUCAUCAAAUAUAUUAUCAUACAUUUAUUGCAAUGUCCUUUUUCUUGCCUUAUUCUUAUUUAUUUUAGUUGUAAAAUCAUUGUUAGUGGGGUUUUUUUUUGUUGUUGUUUUUUUUCACUUAGUUUAAAUUUUUCACUAAGAUGCUUUAUGAAUAUAGCCCCUGAACUCAGCUCCUGACGCGUUUUGAAUGCGGUUUUGUUCAAGAUACCUGCCUGAUUUGUGUAUACGUAUUCAUCGUUUAUUUGAUUUUAAACGCCAGCUUAUUUCCUGGUAGAAUCAUUUAAAAUUAGUUUUCAAUAAUCUAUAAUAACGAAUACGGUUUAUAGUUUUACGUAAGUAGUUCCAUGACGUUUUCUUCAAAGACGUCAUAAAAUAGUGUAUCCCAUUAAUCGAUUUAUGUUCAAAGAUACUUUUAUUAAAUUUUAAGUCUUCAUUGCAAUAAAGAUAAUUAUGAAUGUUUUAAAAGCGGAACAUACUGUUUUCCGCCUAGUUCUAGUUUUACGUAAUUAGUUCGUAAUUAGGACGUUUUCUUCAAAGACGUCAUUUAAUAUUGUUUAUAUUUUUCUGUUUGAUAUUUGGUUUUUGUUCAAAGAGUUUUUAUUAAGUUUGAAGCUCUUCAUUGCCAUUAAAAUAAUAAUGUUUAAAUAGCAGAACAUACUGUGCUCUGCCUUUAAAUUUAUUUCAUGACUUACACGGCGUUCAGUGAUGUUUCUUGGCUUUUGGAUACACACAACAAUUGAAUAAGAUAAGAAUCCUAUUUUUAUUAAAACAUAACAAAACAUCACAAACAUUUGAUAAAUUUCGACAGCAGCUUGAUAGAUGUUUUUUUUUUUCCAAAACAAGGCAAACAUUGUGACUGCUCGAGAUCUGCUCCUGUCCAGGAUCUACUCCCAGACUGGUAAAGUCAAUAGUGCAGCUAAGAUGUUAAAGUGACACUCUUAUUUAAAUUCAAUACAUACUCAUGUAUAACAAACAUAAAUUUUGAGUGAUAAACCUUUAACUACUAGUACUUACUAAAUAAUGCAUUUAUGGAAAAUAUGUAUUACUGAGAACAAGAUUGGAACCGUGAAUUUUAUAGCUGUAAACGCACAAAUAUUAAAUGGCUGGUGAGUGCUAAAAGAUUUACAGUAUUCAACUAUCGUCUCAUAAGAUAGAAAUACCGUAUUUUCUGAACAUUUCUUUGAAAUUACAUGUAAUCACAGUAUCCUAUAUAAGAACUAUUGUUUCCGAUAUUUAUUCAUCCUUUUCGGUAAAUUAAGAUAAUUGUAUUAAAUGUGUUACAUCUUAUCUGGGUCUAAAAGUGCAUCUUUAAGCGUUUGUGUCAAGAUUAUGUACAUGUAUGAAUGUAAACAUAAUCAUUAUGAGUUUUAGUUAGCAGAGAUAUCUUGCUUUAUAAGUUACUCUUACUGGGAUUAGUAUGCACUUAUAUACAUAAGUUUAACGCUUUUGAAGAAAAAAAAAACAGUAUUAUAUUUGCACGUGUAAAGGCCUAUUGAUAUGCCGGUUCAAUAAAUAUAUUUUCUUUG